AUGGGAGAUCAUCGAGAUGACACGACGGUCUCACAUCGCGCAAAAUUGGCCUCUGUCUCCACAGCCGAGAACCCAAUGUGGGAUAUCUUCAGUAAUGUCUGGGACCCAUCCACCAACCCGGGAGGCUACGUCAACGUCGGCGUUGCAGAGAACGCCCUAAUGCACAACGAGCUCCUAGAAUUCAUAAACAAGAAGCUCGAACUACCAGCAAAAUAUCUCACCUACAACGACGGCGGAGGCGGAUCCAUCCGUCUCCGACGCGCAAUGUGCCAAUUCCUCAACCAGCAUCUAAACCCAUUCACGCCACUGGAUCCAGACCACCUCGUCGUCACGAAUGGAGUUUCCUCCGCCAUCGAGCAUAUAUCCUGGGCAUUCACCGACCCUGGCGAAGGAAUUCUCCUCGGCAGACCUUACUACGGUACCUUUAUAAUGGACAUGUCAAUGCGCUUCGGCGCCUCGGUCGUACCCGUAAACUUUGACGAAAUCGACCCGCUAAGCACCCAAUCCGUGGCAAAAUACGAAAAAGCCCUCCUAGACUUCCAGCAAAAGACAGGCAAACGCGUUCGUGCCCUGAUGCUCUGCCACCCGCACAACCCGCUCGGCCGCUGCUACUCGCGCAAAACCCUGAUCGAAAUAAUGCGCCUCUGCCAAAAGUAUCGCAUAAACCUGAUAAGCGACGAGAUCUACGCGCUAUCCGUCUGGGAAAAUACCGUCGAUGAGAAGGACACUCCCCCUGCUGUCGAAUUCGAGUCCGCCCUCUCGAUCGAUACGCGGGGUAUCAUUGACCCGCAGCUCGUCCAUGUGUUGUGGGGGAUGAGCAAGGACUUUGGCGCGAAUGGGAUCCGUGUCGGCGUUGUGAUUUCCCAGGCUAAUUUGCAUGUGCAGCAGGCCUUGAAGGGCGCUUCGUUGUAUACAUAUGCUUCGGGGAUUUCGGACCAUCUGGCUGCGCUUUUGUUGGAGGAUUCGCAGUUCACGGAUGCUUAUAUCAAGGAGAAUAGUCUCCGAUUGGGGGAUUCGUAUGCGUAUACCGUGCGAUUUGUGAAGAGUCAUGGUAUUGAGCAUGCACCGGGUUGCAAUGCUGCGUUCUUCUUGUGGGUGAAUCUGGGGAAGGCUUAUAGGAAAUUGCACCCCGAGAUCCCGGAGUCGGAAGAGGUAGGCGAGAAAGUGAUGGGUUUACUGUUGAGUCGGAGGGUUUUCUUGGCUAGUGGUGCUUUGUUUGGGGCGGAGAGGGAUGGAUGGUUCCGGAUCGUCUUUUCGCAGCAUCGGGGGCAUUUGGAGGAGGCUUUGGGGAGGAUCAUUGCGGCUCUGAAUGAUUAG